UGUGAAACGCCCAGCGCCGGGAAUCGGAUAAAGCCCGUCCGCCCAGCGAGGAGCCAGCUAGAAGAAGCUACAAGUAAAAGAAUGGACAAAGAUGCAGAAGCACUAAAGGCAGCGAGAGCAGAACUCUGCGAGGCGAGACGGCAGUGGCACCGCAUGCAGAUCGAAAUCGAAUCUCUCCACGCGGUGGAAAAGGGUUUGGAACGUUCGUUGCGCGCCACAGAGCAGCAGUACCACGUGCAACUACAACAUUUAGAAGCUGAGAUUGGAUGCUUAGAGAAAGAGCUACUGGAAGUGAGACGAGGUAUUGAGAAACAGCUUCAAGAGCAUGAAAUUCUCCUGAACACCAGGAUGAAACUGGAGGAGGAGAUAGCAACAUAUCGCAGUCUGCUUGAGCAAGAAGAGAACAGGUUUCGCUGCUCUGGACCUGACGGGAAGGAGGACAGAAAGCCCACCGCCAGCAAGGUUGCCUUUACGCUGCCUGCAAAUGGUGUAAAGAAGCCUGAAACUGAGAAGGUGGAACUGAUGACAAAACAAGCGAUCUUAGAUGGAAAUAUGAUGAAGGAAAGCGCUGAAGCUCAUGGCACUGUACAGACAGAAAAAGUGGAUGAAGUCAUUAAAGAGUGGGAAGGUUCUUUCUUUAAGGACAACCCUCGCUUAAGGAAAAAAUCCGUCUCAUUGCGCUUUGAUCUCCAUCUAGCAGCAACAGAUGAAGGAUGUUUACACACUAAAAAGAAAACUCUUCCCGACAUUGAAGUCAGGCUGGUGAUGCGGAGAUCUUGCAGUAUUCCUUCUAUCAAACCUUAA